ACCAUAAAUUCCAAUUCCAACGGCCAUAUUUGUUAUCAACCCAAAACUGAACCACCAACCACUUGUUCUUCUUACAUAAAAAUUUGUCCUCCUCGCACAUUUCCAUAUUGUCUACUUUUAAUUUCAUUUCAUUUAUUUAUAACCUUAGCAUUUUCCAAAUUAACAAGAUUUGGAAUUGAUGUCAAAGUUAUUUUGCAUUUGAUUUACCCUUUCUUGAAUCUUUUAUAUCUUGUAAAUUACCAGUUGUUUCAUUUCAUAUCUUUCCAUGGAUUCAAACAAGCCCAAAGUUGUCCAUGAUCUCUCUCCCAUGAUGGUGGUCUAUGAAGACGGCACAAUUCAGAGAUUCUUGGGCAAUGAUUUAGUCCCUCCUUCUCUCGAUGAUCCCAGUCUUCAAGUCAAAUCCAAAGAUGUUGUUUUCUCGCCGGAAAACAAUCUUUCUUCCAGAAUCUACCUACCCAAAACCAUUUCCUCCGAUCAAAAACUGCCGUUACUGGUUUAUUAUCACGGCGGAGCUUUUUGCAUUGAGUCACCUUUCUCUGCUACAUAUCAUGCCUACCUCAACAAAUUGGUUGAAGAAGCUAAUAUCAUUGCUGUCUCUGUUGAUUACAGAUUAGUCCCGGAGCAUCCUAUUCCUGCUGCUUAUGAAGAUUCAUGGGCUGCUCUUAAAUGGGUGGCUUCUCAUUUCAACGGCGAGGGAUCUGAAGAGUGGCUGAACAAUCAUGCUGAUUUGAAUAAAGUGUUUCUCGCCGGAGAUAGUGCCGGUGGUAAUAUAGCCCAUUAUAUAGCUAUGAGAAACAGUGAGGAGAAAUUGACGGGAGUUGACAUUUCAGGGAUUGUUUUAGUUCAUCCUUAUUUUUGGGGAGAAGUAGCCGUUGGAGAUGAGGUUAAUAAUUUAGAAGGGAGAAAAAAGAUUGAAUCUUUUUGGCGUUACACACACCCGAAUGUAGGGUUAGAUGACCCGUUGAUUAACCCGGAAUGUGAUCCGAAUUUGGGUAGAUUGGGUUGCAGUGGAAGUGUUCUUGUGAUCGUGGCGGAGAAGGAUAUAUUGAAAGAUAGAGGUUGGUGGUACUAUGAGAGGUUGAAAAAGAGUGGGUUUAAGGGGAAUGUGGAGAUUAUGGAGGCUAAAGAAGAGACUCAUGUGUUUCAUUUGUUUAAGCCUACUUGUGAGAAUGCAAUUAUCAUGCUCAAAAAGAUUGCUUCUUUCUUGAAUCAAAUGAGUUGAUCAUGAGCUGGGGGCCAUAACUCGUAGGUUCAUGAAGAUUACUUUAGUUUAAAUGGUGUAAGCGAUAGGCAAUAAUCUGCUAGACUAUAUGGGUUCAAGUUCUCCUAUAAACGCUCUUUUUCUUCUAUGAUCAAAAAAAUAAAAAACUCGGAGGUUCAUUACAUUUUCAUUGAAUUCUUGCAUCUAUGUGUUUGAAUUCUGUCAUUUUAGUUGAAAUUGGUGUUAAGUUACUUAUUGAAUGAUCCAAAUUCUAGUGCUUGACAUUGUAAGAAAAGAAAUGUUGAUCUUUUCAAGAAUAAUAUUGUAUGGUUGAAUAA